AUGAGCUGUUCUCGCCGCAAGAAUGCCACUCGAGAGAGUACCGCAACUUUGAAGUCUUGGCUGCAGGAGCACAUUCAGAAUCCCUACCCGACGAAAGGUGAAAAAAUUAUGUUGGCUAUCAUCACUAAAAUGACGCUAACGCAGGUUUCAACUUGGUUUGCCAACGCUCGUCGACGCUUAAAGAAGGAGAAUAAAAUGACCUGGACCCCACGGCAUAGAGCGGAGGAGACUGGGGACGACUAUGCUGCCGCAGGCGAGGAAGCCACCUCUUCGGAUGGAGGCGGUAGGCAAAUGGGCAGAAAAGAAACCAACCAUGAAGGAGGUGAGGAUGAUGACGAAGAUGAGGAUGAGGAGGAGGAGGAGGAGGAGGAGGAGGAGGAAGAGGAGGAGGAUGAAGAAGAAGAGGAGGAGGAGGAAGAGAGAGCGGAUGAAGAAGAAGAGGAUUAC